CAUGAAGUCACAAAAGGGGGGGCCCUCCCAAGACUCGGUCGAUGAUGGUUCCCCGGUACUCCAUGUCACCCUCUCUGCUUUGUCAUGUGGCUCUCGUGCAAACUAGUCAUGCAUCUGGUAUUCUAUCUUCUCUUUUCCCUAGUACGAUUCUGCCGUUGUCUCCCUUCUGCCUCAGAACUGCUUCUCUUCUGCUUAUAAGGCUACUUCUCCCUCACACCUUCGGCGAUCGCAGCCUCUAUAACCCCAUCUUCCCUCCCCUUUUUGUUAUUCCAGCAUUCGACUCCUCUCUCCUUUGUGCAGGAGAAUGGCUUCGGGAUCGCUCUCACGUAGCUCGGGCUCCUCGUGGACGGCGCAGCAGAACAAGCUCUUCGAGCGAGCGCUCGCCGUGUACGACAAGGACACCCCGGAUCGCUGGCAGAAUGUGGCACGAGCCGUGGGAGGGAAGACCGUGGACGAGGUCAAGCGACACUACGAGCUCCUGGUCGAGGACCUCAAGUUCAUCGAGUCGAACCGGGUGCCAUACCCAUAUUACAAGUCCUCCAGCAGCAGGGCCGGCGGCGCUGAUGAGGAGCAGAGGCUAAGGUGCUUGAAGCUCCAGUGAAGCAGUGAUUCCAAAGUAGGAUCAUAACCUGCAUUAAAAAGUAGGAAGGCCGCCGUUCUUCUUCGGAGAUCAACAAGCAACAUCGAGGGAAACUCCUACCGCACGGAUACCCUGUCUCACUGGUCUUUCUCUUUGUUUCUUCAUAUUAGUAUGUUUCUUCUCCUCUUCCCCAGCCUUUUUCCCGAACCACCACUAUCUAGGUGCUGCUCAUCCUCUGUUGACAUCUAAACUCUGCAGUAGAUGAUGGAUGGUUUCGAGAAAUUUACAUCGUUUUUCUUCA